AUGAACCUACAUACCGAGAAAAAAAUUUCCCUGCAAGGAAAAAUUUUUUGCUCAAUUUUAAAAGGUGUCGGUUGUGGAAGAAAGAGAUCGAAUCUGCCGGCUUUGACCGAUCAGGGCGAAGAAAUGGACGAAUCGAUUGGAAGUCUUUUGGAACUGAGCGCUGAACCGGCCGUCGAGGAUUUGUCGCGACAAAUUAUGUCCGAAGCAAAAUUAUGGGAGGCGAUUCAAGAGGCAAAUGUUGAAUUAAACAGACGCAAACAGGGCCUGUCUGAACUAGGAGAAGAUGACAUUGCUGUACCGGCCAAAAGUGCUACAGCAUCCUGUGCCCUACCACCAUGUUACAUUUAAUUUAUUAAUAUACAAAAAAUCUCGUAUUUAGUACUAUAAGUCCACAUUAAUAAAUUUAAUUAUUUUUAUUAACAGA